CUUUGUGUGGUUUCUCCAGCGACUUCCUGCUUUGUGGAGUUGGCAACACUGCGCAGGAUAGCUCACACAGGGCUGUGGAGCAAGAGGAAAUGAAGAAGCCAACAAACAGAGCAGAGAAAGAGGAAGAAGUCCUGGAGAAAGGGAUGAGCGACACAGAAGUGAAGAUUCGUCAAGGACAAGCGGUCACUACGGGGUCCGCCCAGUUCACACAGAGCAUUCUGGAAAUGUUCAUCCGGGAAUUUGAGCCUGAUGGUGAGAUCCCAGAUUUAGAAGUGACUGGUGAGGCAAGAGACCAGGAGGAAGCAGGGGCCCAGAGUGUUGUAGCUGGCCAGGAGAGUGUGCCCGUGGCUGGGAGAGCUGAGUUAGAGGUGCCCCAUUACAGCUUGUCUUGGCUUUGUAAGUUUAUGAUUUAUGGGGAAUCAUUCAUUGUAGAUUCCUCUGAACCCUCUGAGGCGGAGCUGGUAGAUGCCAUCGCUGCUGUGCAGUUCCUGAUGGAUGAGUUUGGAGUGGACCUGGUGUGCGUGAUGCAGAGCUUGCUGAAGAACAGCGGUGAUUUCCAGGCUGUGCUGCACUACCUGCGCACCGGCCGCAGAGCGGACGGGAGACCCCUCUGGACACGGCACGACGACCUGGAUCUGCAGUCAGGAGACCCUGCCACAAAACAGGCUCUAAUACUCAAGUAUGGGGAGGAAUGCGUGGCCAAGAGGGUGGCAUUUUUCAGUAAUGACCUGCAGAGGGAUUAAAGGCUGUUUUUGUUCUUGUUAUUCUUGUAUGUUGAUUUAAUAAAAAUAAAAGAGUGUGAAAUGGUUCACAUUUUUCAGUGCAGUUUGGAAACUGGAUUGUUUUAGUUCAGAUUUAAUAAAUGUUUUUAUGAUGAUGACAAUAUUACUGUAUCCAAUUUAUAAAAAUGAAUAUACCAGGAUAUCAACGGGAUUGUGUUUGUCAGCUGAAAUCCUGGCGUUGGU